AGAAAUCAAUAAUGGCAAUCGUAGAACUGUAGUAGAAAAAGUAAAUAAACAAGGUUACGUUUUGCAUGGUCUGGAAUCGCAUUUUAAUAUUUUAUUUUUUCAUCAAAAUUCUAACAAUUACUUCAAUAAAAUCUUUAUUCAGAAAUGCUUCUUAGAAAAAGUUUGGUUAUAAUUUUAUGGCGUGGUUAUUCCCAAUCAACCUUGCCUGUGCCUAUAAUAAGAGUACCAAAAUAUGUGACAAAGCAUGUAGAAAAAAAGAAGUCAAAAGAUCUUGUGCAUCAACAACUUUUAAGAAGAAAAAUAUUACACAGGGGAAAUACCAGCAUUCCUGUCAUAUCUUGUACCGAGGGAGAAUAUAAUCAUUAUCUUGGACAGUUGUAUAACGAUCGUUAUCCUUUACCCCUGCUUUCAAAAUUUUGGUAUAAAGCUAAAACAUCUGGACAAAAAUUUACGAUUCGACCAUACGACACUAACCCUUCUGUUCCAAUCGAAUAUGAAGAAAACGAUCCUGAUAUUUACUGCAAGACAGAGUUUUGCGAUCUUAACCUUAAUUCUACAAUUUGUGCAAGCUUGAAAAACCGUUUUAUGUUUGGCGCUCCUGCACCAAUACAAAUUCUUGCGAUUCCUAAGAUUUUGGAGGGUGAAAAUGUAAUGUUGUGUGCAGAAGCUGGUUGUGGAAAAACUAUUGCUUAUUUGGCACCGCUAAUUCAGCUAAUAUCCAAAGUCAAACAGAAGACCCCAGUUUAUCCUAAUACACCUUUAGGAUUGGUUAUAGUCCCUGGUCGGGAAUUAGCGGAACAAGUUGCUGAUAUUGCUUCUAAAUUAGGUUAUGAUUCGGGCAUCACUGUGAAAGUUUUGUUAUCUGAAGGAACUUUUUUAACACAUUUAAAACCAUCCAGAUAUUGUGAUGUCGAUAUUCUUGUUACUACACUUGGCAGUUUAAGUAAACUCAAAGGAAGAGUGUUUAAGCUAUCUAAUAUACAACAUUUAGUGCUUGAUGAAGCAGAUACUUUAACAGACAAAUCUUUUAUUUAUGACUUGUUUUCUGUCUUUAAAACAUUAAAUAUACGCUCAAGCUCAGAAAAAUUUGAGGGAAAACACCAAGGUGCUCAAGUGACAUUUGUCAGUACAAUUUACCCUUCUAACAUUUCUGAACUUUAUACAGAAUUAUUCACUGAAAAAGAUGUUGUUAAAAUAUCUUCAAAUUACUUACACAGAAUACAACCUCACGUUGAACAAAAAUUUUGGAGAGUAAAUGCAGAUACUUAUGCAGGUGAACUUUUGCAUCUUGUUAAAACAAGCUACCAAAAAAAGGAGCCUACACUGAUAUUUUGUAAUAAAUCGCCUACCUGUGAUUGGAUGACAAUAUUUUUUAAGGAUAAUGGUAUCUCUUGUGAAAAGCUGCAUGGUGCUAUGAAUCCAUUAGAAAGAUCAAAAGUUUGGCAAGCUUUUCAAGAAGGGGAAUUUGACAUUCUAUGUUGUACAGAUCUUGUAUCCAGGGGUUUAGAUACACAAAGAGUUAAACAUGUUAUCAAUUUUGAUUUUCCUAAUAAUACUUCUGACUAUAUACUUCGCUGUGGUAGAGUUGGCCGUGUUGGGACAAAUCAUGGACAUGUUACUAACUUAGUUGCUUCAAAGUCUGGAGUAUAUACUGUUCAAGAUAUAGAAAGAGGAGUGCGUAGUGCUACACGAUUGCCAAAUGUAGAUUCAAAUAUUAAACAGAAAAUAAAAAAAUUGUACUUUCAGCAUUAAAUUAAAUUUGAUACA